UUACCAAAACCAAGAUUUUUUUAUGGGUAAAUGACAGCCAUUGAUUCCGAAAAAUCAGACACAUGGGUAACUAGAGCAUGCACUAUAGGAGAUUUUUUCAUUUCACGCAAAAUAUGCUUAGUGUAGACAUUGGUGUCACCCUUAAAUGCAUCAUUUAUUUAUGGUGACGUUUGGAGCAGUAUUUUUGGCAGAAAACUCAGUUCUUCUAACAAUGAAUUACAAAAAUAUGGCAGCAGAUGAUUUUAACGAAUCUCAUACAAAGUAUGGUAAAGUUCAAAACGAAAAAGUUGUCCAAAGAAUUUUCAGCACUAGUUUAAAACAGAAAACAGCUUGGGAAUAUCCUGAACUCUUGGAAAGCUUAAAUCCAACAACAAAGAUGUUACAAUAUUUCAGCAAGCAAACAGUCUGUGCAGACACAUCAUCAAUAAAUUGCAUACUAAUAGGUGUUGUAUCAAAAAACUUGAGUGAAACUAUUGCAAACGGAUCCGUAAUAACUAAUUAUCAUGACGUAAAUUUUAUUACAAUAAUUUUAGAGAAAAUUGUUAGUGUGUAUCUUAAUGCUAUAGCAACUGAACAGGUUUUCAAAGAUGUUUUACAGACUAUUGACAAUCUAUUGGAUUCAAAAGUGACAUGUAUUGCAGAAUCACAAAUUAAAACGUCCUCCUCAACAAGAAUUAUAAAAGUUCUAACUGAGUUUGCUUUAAUUUUCUCGAAACAAUUAAGCAACUCCAUUUCUAUUUGUAAAGUCAAUAUUGGAUUCCAUAUUGAAAAAGUUAAAAAAGGAAAUAUAAAAAUAUCAGCACAACAGUUACCAGACAAUAGUGUUAAAAUUGGUUUUAACAACGACGCUGAUUUUAUAAAAAAAACAUACGUAUUCAUGACACUACCAAGUGAUGUUUUUCACGAUGAAAAUGAAGUUAUUUAUUCAUACUUUUUUCGCUACGAUUUUUUUUUAUUGGAUGAAAACAACUUAAUACAACUUGCUAAGAAGAGUAGAUUAAAUCACAGAAUUCUUCAAAGUACAAUCUUAUCAGCAUCUGUUGUUAAUAGGAAUGUUUCUAACCUAAAUAAUCCAAUUAUUAUAAAGUUUAAAAAAACGAACAUAGGUUUGGGUACCAGCAGCUGUAAAUACUGGGUUGAAAACGUUGAAACUGGCAUUAAAAAUGUUUACGGAAAAUGGUUGACAAAUGGUUGCUAUAGAAAUAAAACUGAAACAAAUAUUGAAGAUUUUUUUACAUGCUACUGCGAUCACCUAACUAACUUUGCUGUGUUACUUGAUAUUAAUCAGAGUUUAGAUAACCCAUUGGCUUUAAAAAUAAUUGCAUAUAUUGGUUGUGGAGUUUCGUUAUUAGGAUUAGGACUUUCUUUGCUGACGCUCGCAAUGUUUCGAAAUCUAAGGAAGAAACUUCCUCAGAAAAUUCUGAUUUGUCUUUGCAUUUCUUUAAUGGGUCUACUGCUUGUGUUUUUGAUUGGUGCAGAGAAAACAUCGCCUAGACAACACUGUCAAAUUAUUGCAGCUGCGUUGCAUUAUUUCAUACUGACAACAUUUUGUUGGAUGUUGGUUGAAGCUUUUAAUUUCCACCGUUCUUUGGUUGCAGUUUUUAAUAAAAGUAGUGAUGAAAAUAUCUUUAGAAAUGCCAAUGUGAUUGCUUGGGGUAUUCCUGCGUUAAUUGUUAUAACUACAGGCAUUUUAAAACCAGAUCAGUUGGGAAACCAUAAAAUAUGCGUUGUACGAGGAAAUCCUUUUUAUUUCACUGUUCUUCUUCCUGUUUGUCUGAUUUUGGUGGUUAACUUUAUUGUGUUGGUAAUCAUUAUGCUCAGUUUAUCAACAAAAAAUGAUAUUACGAAUAAAGUUACAGGAAAGAAAAAUACUAUAUCACGAGCAAAGAUUUCAUUUAUGUGCUCGACUCUUCUUGGUUCAUCAUGGAUAUUUGGUGUUCUGGCUGUAAAAGAUUUUUCAACAGUAUUUCAGUGGUUGUUCUGUGUUUCAACCUCGUUACAAGGUUUUUUUAUUUUUGUGUUUUAUAUACUGAGAAAUAAAAAGGUAAUUGUUGAGUUGCGGUGUUGGCUGCUACGCUAUCGACAAUACAAGGUUUCAUCAAAUGCCGUAGAGUCGAAAAUGAACAAAAAAUGAAUAUUGACAAUUGUUGUCCUUACGUUUUCUUAAACAAUCAUAUUUUGCAGACUUUAUUUUCUUUAUACAUUAUUACAUAUGUACACACAAUAAAAUAAAAAAGUAGAAAUUUCUACCUUAGGAUAGGAUAUGUGAUAUACAUUUUGUAAAGUAUAAUUUUCUACCCUUUAAGGUAGAAAAUUGUAUUGAAAACAAUGAUUUCUCAUACAGAUUACU